AGCAGGGCCCCAAGCCCCCGGGCCUGGCGGGGGACGCGCUUCUCCUCACACCCGGUGCCUCAGCAGCUCCAGCCCGCGGACCCGACGGCCGAAAGGAGAAGAUGGGAAGUCCUGAGGAUGACUUAAUUGGGAUUCCAUUCCCAGAUCACAGCAGUGAGCUCUUGAGCUGCCUCAAUGAGCAGCGCCAGCUGGGCCACCUAUGCGACCUCACCAUCCGGACGCAGGGUCUUGAGUACCGCACCCACCGGGCCGUGUUGGCUGCCUGCAGUCACUACUUCAAGAAGCUCUUCACUGAGGGUGGUGGCGGAGUGGGCAUGGGGUCCGGGGGCAGCGGGCUGGCCCCCGGGGGAGUGGGGACUGGUGUGUGUGAACUGGACUUUGUGGGGCCAGAGGCCCUGGGUGCCCUGCUUGAGUUUGCCUAUACGGCCACACUGACCACCAGCAGCGCCAACAUGCCGGCUGUGCUCCAGGCUGCCCGGCUGCUGGAGAUCCCAUGCGUCAUCGCUGCUUGCAUGGAGAUUCUUCAGGGCAGUGGGCUGGAAGCUCCCAGCCCUGAUGAGGACGACUGUGAGCGGGCCCGUCAGUACUUAGAGGCUUUUGCCACGGCCACGGCCUCCGGAGUGCCCAACGGUGAGGACAGUCCUCCACAGGCACCCCUCCCGCCACCGCCACCACCACCUCGGCCUGUCGCCCGACGCAGCCGCAAACCCCGAAAAGUUUUCCUGCAGACCAAGGGAGCCCGGGCAAACCACCUGGUGCCUGAGGUGCCAGCAGUGCCCACCCAUCCCUUGACCUUCGAGGAAGAGGAGGUGGCAGGCAGAGUAGGCAGUAGUGGCAGUGGGCUGGGGGAUAGCUACAGCCCUCCUGCAGGGACUGCCUCACCCCCUGAAGGGCCCCUGAGCUAUGAGGGUUAUGAGGGUGAGGAAGAAGAGGAAGAGUUGGUAUAUCCCCCAGCCUAUGGGCUGACAAAGGGCAGCGGGCCUCCACUGUCCCCAGAAGAGCUGGGCUCAGAUGAGGAUGCUAUUGAUCCUGACCUGAUGGCCUACCUAAGCUCCUUGCACCAGGACACCCUGACACCAGGCCUGGACGGCCAGGACAAACUGGUGCGCAAACGUCGCUCCCAGAUGCCCCAGGAGUGCCCCGUCUGCCACAAGAUCAUUCACGGGGCUGGCAAAUUGCCUCGCCACAUGAGGACCCAUACGGGUGAGAAGCCCUUUGCCUGUGAGGUCUGCGGCGUCCGCUUCACCCGGAAUGACAAGCUGAAGAUCCACAUGCGGAAGCACACAGGAGAGCGCCCCUACUCUUGUCCGCACUGCCCAGCCCGCUUCCUGCACAGCUACGACCUCAAGAACCACAUGCACCUGCACACAGGGGACCGGCCAUAUGAGUGCCACCUGUGCCACAAGGCUUUCGCCAAGGAGGACCACCUGCAGCGCCACCUCAAGGGCCAGAACUGCCUGGAGGUGCGCACCCGCCGGCGCCGCAAGGAUGAUGCACCACCCCACUACCCACCACCCUCCACUGCCACCCCAUCCCCCGCUGGUCUCGACCUUUCCAAUGGUCACCUGGACACCUUCCGUCUUUCCUUGGCUCGAUUUUGGGAGCAGUCAGCCCCUACUGCGCCCCCAGUCUCCACCCCAGGGCCCCCUGAAGACGAUGAGGAGGAGGGGACACCCACCACGCCCCAGGCUGAGGGUGCCAUGGAGUCCUCUUAAAGAGGGACAAAUGGCCAGGAUGGAGCAGCACAAGGCCUGGGAUACCCAUGCCAAGCAGUGGAAGCAAGCAGGAUAGACAGAGCUGGGGCCAGAGGCAUCAGCCCCAUGCCUCCAAACCCUCAGUCCAGUUCCAAGCUGAGAAGGUUUUGGGGCUGAGGCUCCCCCAAGGAGUGAUAUAUAUGAUAUGUAUAUAUUUACAGCUCUAUUGUAAAGGUGGGGUUCCUGUCCCCAGCUGCUCCUGGGGAGUAGAAGCAAUAAUGUAUUUCUGACUCGUGGG